CGCUCUCUCAUUUCUUCAUCUUUUUCCCGGGAUUUUCAACAAAACCAGAAACCAUUUGUUGUUUCCGGCGCAGUUUCCCGGCGACAACUCAUCCAUCUCCCUUUCCUGGUCGUGCACGGAUCCAUCUCCACAUGGAUCUGAAUCUGAUCGGAUCUCCUUUCACUUUCCAGCAACAUUACUCCAGUUUGAAACGCCAUCUUCUUAGCUAAUUCGUUCCUUUGUUCUUUGUUCUUGUUCAAAGUUUUCUUAAACAUGUAUCCAUUUUUGAUAGAUACUGCAUUUUUUUUUCUCUUAGAUUCAUAAGCUCCAAUCUCGAUCUGAAACUGUUUUCUCCUAAUCUUGAUUUUGCAAACAGUCUUGUUUAGGAUAAAUUCUUCUUCAACGGAGUUUUCCGAUAUUCAUCCCGUUUUCCAGAGGACUUUGGUUUAAGUGUAUAGGAAGUGCAGAGAGAUGACAUCGGGAAUAAGGAUGCCAACAUGGAAGGAGAGGGAGAACAACAAGAAAAGGGAGAGGAGACGGAGAGCGAUAGCCGCAAAAAUCUUCGCAGGUCUCCGGAUGUACGGAAAUUUCAAGCUCCCCAAACACUGCGAUAACAAUGAGGUCCUCAAAGCUCUCUGCAACGACGCCGAUCAAUUCACUUCCAUGUUAAUCUUAGGAAGCCUAAUCGUUAAAAUUUUGGAGGCAAACGAAUAUGAUUUUUCCGGCAAAUAACUUUAAACAUCUGAUAUCUGCUGAUCGAAAUCAUUAGCGGAACAAUAUCACGAAACCGAUGAACUAUACCACCUUCAAUUUGCGUUCAGUGCUAAAUCAACCCUUUUCUCUUUAUUCUUGUUUGUGGGGCGUAUAUUAGCUGAGAAAAGCGUUCUUUGCUAAAAUGUGCAUGUGGUACUGGAGAAUUGUAGUGGCAGUGGCAGAUCAGCUUCUAACUUGCGCGUCUGGUAGCGCCAACAUAACACCGGAAGUUACGGUUUUUAGCUGACCGGAACCGUCCAUGAGGAUUAGAUCCUUUUGGUGCUUUUCUCUUUUUCUCUUUCCGUUUCUUUGGUUUUUUCCUCUGGGUGGUGUGCGUUAAAUCUGGUCAGAAAUGUCCUUUUACUCCUCUUCCUCGCGGUGCGUCAGAUCUGGACCGCAGUCAGCACUGGGUUUUCCUCUCUCUCUUUGUUUUACCAAGCACUUUAUGGUGAUAGUGUAAAAGCACCAAAGAUUCUUUGGUUGGUGAGAAGCAUAAUAGCAGCAGCGUCCAUCAUGAGAACAUGUAUUAGUGUCAUAGAUCUCGAGAAGACAAAAGUACCCAUUAAUAAUUCUCCACGUUAAAAGCGAUGGGUAUAUUUUAAUUACUCAACUAGGUAAGCAAGUUGAUUUUUCAGGUAUAGUAUUAUGUUGAUUUAAUGCCAGUAGUACGGUUUAUGGGGCUGCAGUUUGUGAGGGAGAAGUUGAGGCAGUUAUCAUUCUAAAAUUUAGAGUUAAGUAACUUCUCACAUGCUUAACAAAUUGAGAAAUUUUUUAAGCAUCUGAAUCUGGAGGUGCAUUGUUGGUUAGAUAUCCGUAAAGGAAGGUUUAAGUGAGAGUAGUUUGAGAGGGGAAAUCUGUGAUUGACCUAUGAAACCAAGAAAUAAGGGUGUUUUGU